AAGCCGAACUUCAAGGAUGCAAAAAUCGAGGUAAUCGGGAUAAGCGCUGAUCCAGUCGAAGAGCAGAAGAAGUUCGUCGAGAAGCACAAGUUAACCUACCCCGUGCUCAGUGACGCAAGCGGCGAAGGUCGUAAGGCUUAUCACGUCGGCAAAGGAUUGCUGGGCAUGACCGAUGCUCGUGUUACUUUCUUCAUUGACAAGACCGGCGUGGUUAGGGAUGUUCUCGAUACGACGAUUAACUUCGGAGCGCAUUCCAAGUUCGUGGCUAAAUGGUUGGAGACUAUCGCCGCAGAGGAGAAGAAGGGCGUCCAAGCUAGGGUGUGGGAUAUCGAGAAAUAG